AUGUCCAAGUGCAAUGCAUGUGAACCCCCAACCCUCUUUCACGAGCUUGUUUUUGCUGUGUCGUUUAUUGGCAUUAUUUGUCACCUAUCGGGUAAAUUCCCAUUACGAACCACAAUGCUUUCUCAGUGUGCUCGAACACUCCAGGGGUGUCGCCUUGUGUUUCGAAGCAGAUCCUAUGCGCUCUGUUUGUGCUGUCUGAGUUGCCCCAAGACGUUGACUACUCCGGCAGCCUAGACGUCCAGCAGGUUAGUCAUCUUCCAACCGAUUCUCCCUAUAACGUUGUCACUAUCGCAAUCAAAAGUCCGAAUAACUUGUGCGAGGCUAUUGUUGCAGCCCAGAAGCGCUCAAGCUUCAGGUAACCCAGGACUUGAGUUUGGCUAAGGAGGGCUGACGAUGACAAACGACAGAAUGGCUUUACCAACAAAGACAAGGGAGACUGGAAUGGCCAUUUCUGGCUUAUUAGCCGUCGUCAGCCAGUCAUACCCAACUCCGAAGUGAGGAACACGCGAGGCUCGAACUCGCGACUUGUUUGUUAGAAGUCCACGCCUCUAACCACAGAGCCACGAGCCCAUUGCCCUCGGGUGUGUCACACUUCGGGGUUGGGUAUGACUGGCUGAGAACGGUUAAUAAGCCGGAAAUAGCCAUUCCAGUCUCUCUUGUCUUUGUAAAUAAUGCCAUUCUGCCUAUAUCAUGCGCAGCUGUGCGGCUGAUGGUUGGGCUCAAGAGAGUCCAUAAGCCACAACGGAACGAAUGAGUUUCGUAAGAACGAUCGGUGAGCGCCCCCUACCAUCGAUGACAAAUGAAUUGCAGAUGACCACUCCUGUCUCCCUCUAUCUUCCUUGAAAACACACCCCUCUACGCAUAUGCAUCGGACCGCUCAAAUGAACAAAUCGACGGGAUGGCGGUCGACAAUAAAUGCUGCUCUAUCCCAUGAAACAUAUUCUACAAAAACGGCGUAGACGGUGAAUAUGUUCAGCACUGAACUGGAGGACAAUUGCUCAAUUUCUGGAGCAGCACGUUGGCUUUAGGCAACUUUACGCAAUAAUCGAUAUCCUAGCAUAGAUCAGAAGCGAAAACUGUUUUAGUCACGUCGGUAUGUCCUUAAAGUCUUUCUAUUAUUUCCGGGGAGUUUUAUACUCUACCAAGUGGUGUAUCGGGCAAAGGGAAGGCUCUUUUUCUAUUAUAUAACUUAAAGACACAAACCGGUUACCCUUUUUCAUUCAGACAAGCAAACACACGGAGUAUACAUAGUUUUACAAUGGUAGAGGGGCGUUCACCGAUCGUUUUUGCGGGGCUUAUUCGUCCCGUUGUGCCUUAGGGCUCUCUAUCGAGCCCAACCAGCAGCUGCACAGUGGCGCAUGAUAUAGGCAGGAUAGCCUUACCGACAAAGACAAGGGAGACUGGAAUGGCCACUUCUGGAUUAUUAGACUCAGAGGUUAGAGGCGUUGGAAUUUUAACCAACAGGUUACGGGAGGGAGUCCCGGAUGUUCCACACCUCUAGGUUGGGUAUGGCUGACUGACGACGGCUAGUAAUCCAGAAAUGUCCAUCCCAGUCCCCUUUGUCCUUGACGGUAAUGCUACAUAGGUUUGCUUUAGAAAGAUGGUGGGGUCGCACUUUCUGACAUCUAUCCUUGCCCAGCUCAAUCUGACUUUAAUUUCAUAGCAAUGGUUGAGGGGGUUUAAAAACAAACCGAGUUGCUCAAUCCCUAGUAAGAAUUUCGUAUGUGGCCACCAGCUAGGACAGGGGAAUAGAGCCGAUUCGUAAUAUAGGUGCCUUGACACUAAGCCCCGGGGAAUAAUUGUUGGGGUUAAACUCACCCUUAGGGUUAAGUUUAGGUGUGGAUUUAAGGUUAGGGUCAGGUGUUGGAUAAGAAUUAUGGUUAAGGUUAGUGUUUCGAUUGUGGUUUGUUAGGGUUAAGACACGGGUAUUUGUACCCUUCCUGGAAUUUCGAACAAGACCAGCCAUGGGGGGGGGCAUAUAAGAUAUCCUCCCCAGUUCAUCGUAACCGGUUGGGACUACUGCGCCCCGAGUAAUGGUGAUUCGCGCGCGAAUUUGAUUCUGUUGAAAAGGACCCAUGUUGGGUAGCUCUCUCCACCUGCUGAAAGUCUUCCUGUGUCAGGACUGUGUUCAGAAGACAAAAACUUUAGUUGAUCGCAGUAGUCGGCCAGGCAUUUCGCUGGUGGCUUACAGGUGUCCCAAUCACAAGAACGGAGGCAAACAUCAUGUGUCUGCGCAUCAAAUCCGCAAGUUGUGCUAGAAAAUUCACACUAGGUAUGAGUUACCACAACCUGUCUCAAUGAGUAUACGAUAAUGGCAGACAGGAAACCCCUGCCAAGUGAUUCAUGGGCUUUUUAGUUCUUUAAAUUAGAAUCCGUUUGCUUGUGAUGAAAGGAUGACACUUACGAUCACCUUCGUUCCCAUAAACAAAGUUAAACCAUGACGAUUCUGGAUUAAACCAACCUCAGGACGAUAUUUUCGUACAAAAGAAAGCUAAACUUCACCAGGACCGCCCAGGUACAAUUUCUGGGUCCGCUGUAGGUCAUGUUAGUACGGUAAACUUACGUUGAGGUAGGCGCCUAGAGCUGGUGUAUAACCAUGGGCUAUUUGUCCACUAUUUUUGACAGUGACCGUAGUCCCCAUUAUACACGGAAUCUGGCCCUUGUAUCGCAUGCUGCUGUUGUUUUCACGAUAGAUUCGGAGGUUCUCAGUCAUUUAGCAUGGGCCACGUCCCUGCGUCAGACCUAAAAUUGAGCCAAAUAUUUUAGUAUUGAGCGAGUGCGGAAUGAAUUCUGGUUUUUGUUAGUUUUGGUGAAGGCAUGUACGUAGCACACGAGGGGAGGGGGACACCUAUUCGGCCACCGUGUUGAGGUCUGUCUCAACUCCUAUUGACCUAGUCUUUGCACAUGACCCCCGGUAGGAGGGACCGAAGAUAUGUACAGGUCAUAAUAACCCCUCUCAGUCAUUAUGUGAUCAGUGAAAACUCCUGUACCCUGCAGAGACCGAUUGCUUACGUUUCCAAAGGCAGCGUGUGUCAAUGCUUCUACUUUUAGCGCUACAGAUCAGUAAGUCGGCUGGGAGACUCGGCUUUUGCUUUGCUACUGAGACAGCGCUGGUCGGGCAUGCAGUACUCACCCUCUCCAAGGAGAGUUUCCCCUACCCCAUUUUUAUGACGAACAUGGCACAUUUAUUCCGUGUGAUAGCUGACAUCACUUGAACUACAUUAAAUGUACCAGAUUAAACGUUCAAUGACGUUAGAUUUAUUAGUAGUCAUAUCGGCACCGGUAGAGUGAUACUUGCGAGGAAGGCAUUUUUGACAUGCUUGCCGAUUAAAACAAACAGGUCAGUGAAAUUGUUCACUUAUGCAGACAGACCAAAAGGCUAACAUAUUCGGUUAUUCAACUACCUACUACUUUCAACUCUAUACCAUCCAAAAAUCCAUUGAGUGAACACUUGAUCGAGUCUCAGAAGCUUUUUGCUAACAUGAACAUUGUUUCAUGGAGGACUAUGCUGUGAAGGAAGAUCACUUCUCACCGUCUGGCGUCGGCAAAAGAAGUCACAUUAGCGCAGAAAUCUCCUCAUCAGUGUCUGUGCUGCAUGAAUGUUCGAAGCUUCAAGUCAUCUGGGGUCGUAGGCAAGUCCGGGACAAUUAUCCAACUGGUCAGGUGAGAUGAAUAACAGUACGUUAUGCGCUUACCUUAAACCUAAAGCAACCGGAGUUCGUCAGGGCUUUCGAACUCAAAGAAGUUAAUAAAAUAACUACGCAGGGGCCUUCGGUAACCUUAUAUACACUGUUGUGCGCCAACGACUAGAUGCGAGGAAAAGAAGGCGGUUUGCAGUAACAACUUAUUUUUUCGGUCAGCCUGUGUAACAGGAUUUUAACUCGCUAAAACUUGCCUCUUCACUGAAUUUCCGGGAUUCUAAAACAUUCUGGUUUGUGUCGUGCUGAUCGUGUAUUGUCGUUUCAUCUCCAGAUUCCCCUCGUGGCAAUACUUCGAAUGUCCGGCAGACCAUUGAUUUGGCUCCACGCUCGAGCAAAAUCCUCAAGCGUGUUCGAUGAUGCAGCACGUUCUGUGUGGCUAGCUGAUUUCACGAGUGUAAUUCCUGGCACCUCUCACAUAAAUUGGCAGUGUUUCUUGGCUCAUUUUCCGUGUGUAAUUCGAGCCUGAGACGAUUACGGUGUGCUAAGCGCCGUGGCUUGGAAGGUUGCCAACCGACGGCCCAACUCAGUCCUUGCAGUUAUUCCAGUCGUACGUUUGUGUGUCGUGAGUCUGACCGGUGGAGUGAGAGACAGGAUGCAAUUGCCCCUUCCUAACGUGACCUCUGACACUUUCACGCAUGCGAGAUAUAUGCCGAUAACCCCCUGUUAAGUGGAACCUGGUGUGCGCGCUUGGGAAGCUAGGUCCUGUACGUGGCACACGCAGACGAGGCAACUAGAUAUAUUUGCCACUGCGCCCAUCCCCCGCACCGGACGACUGACUGGCUCGGACAGUGGCUGGGACCUGGGAAUUGGAGCAGAGAGUGGGACCGACGACAUGGAGCAUUUUCCUCACUAUUAACAAUCUAACGCACUUGAGACCAUCACGGCGAGCUAAAAGUCGUGGCUUGAAAGGUUGUGAAGUGACGGAAUAACUUUGACCUUGCAGUCAAUCCAGUCUGUGUCUGUGCGGAGUGGCGGACUCGUGGACUGAGGGUCAGGCUGAAAUGCCUCCUUCUUAAUGGGAUCUUCAUGGCAAUCCCAUCUAGUGGGAUCCGAGCCGAGUGUGGCGGCCCGCGUAGGGGCAGCUCCGGUCCCGCUGUUGCUGAUUAAAACCCAGCCUAAGUGUUUGUUUUGGACCUGGAGAUGUGGCGGUAUGCUGAGGUGCGGGUCCGGCCGUGCCAGUCACCUGCGAGGUGUAAAACAAAAUCCUACCUCUUUUCCUAUGGUUAAUAUAUACUACUCUAAUGCGAAGCCGGAGCCUAAUCAUAACAUCAAACGCUUGCCUCCCAAUGCUAAGCUCAGGGCGGAUGGCAAACUUACUGCUUACCCGCCAGCGAUCUGCCAAUAAACUCAAGAUCUACCCUGAAACUUGAUCCAAUAUUUCUAAGCCUAGCAUUAUCUGUCACUCAAAUUUUAGCCACCAAGCCCCCUAAUUAAAAUCAGGAAGUUUAAUUCGAACACCGUUUCAUCAUAAAACUGUGCCAUAAGCCUACUCUAAGCCCUCACCGUCCACUGCGGAACGCAAGCCUUACAGCUGACUGCAGGCGUACACGUAAGACCUACCCGCAAUCUGAACACUAAACCAUAAUUUAUAAGAACUGACCAGCCAUAACGCUAUGCACAGACUGUUAUCAGGAGUUCUCAUUCCGUAAUAUCCUUCUGCCCAUAGUGACAUGAAAAGGCGUUUUCUUCUAAUCCGCCAAAAAUACGACCUGUAAAGACUGACACACAACUCCCAAGAAUAACUUUUUCAUCAAGCUGCAUUCUUGUAGACGUUUUUUUUCUUUUAAUUCUGCUCGUGUGCAUAUUUAUCCCUCAGAUCCAAGUACAGAGCGGUUUAUUUAUUAUAGGCCUGCGUUACUAGCCGUUCUGCGACCGCCCGUAGGGCUCUGGAUCGCACUCCAAACCACAACGAGACGAGUAUAUCCGGUAUGCCGAUCGGCGAACGUACCUCCAUCAUUUCAGGGUUAUUUUCGAGGCCUUUCACUGGUGGGAAAACAUAAACAUCCGUCGGUAUGGAAUUUAAUGAUUUGACGCCAUAAGAAAGACGUCCGCUCACCCAGACUUUUCGGUAGGAAAUGAAGUCCUUAUGCGUAACCUUGUAGAUUGGUUGCGGUUGCAAUUUGAUAGUCGCCAAAGGCAAAACCGCAGUCUCGUCAGUUUACAAUGUGAAAUCCUUAUAAAGAUCUACGCGCACUUACUUACAUCUCAAGGGGAAAACAUUCAAGCCUGAUGGACAGCUUGCAUAAUACAAAAACACUGACCCUGACCACCAUUGUUUAAUUUUCUUGUAACAUUUUCGGGUACAUUCGGUAUAACAUUAUCAGAGAUCUCCAAGCCCUAAUUGCGCACUCUAAAUACGCCCUCGGAAAUGCCCCAAGGAUCUUAAAAAAGAAAUCUUCACGAAGACUGAGAAGGCUCUCUCGGGGAUGUAAGGCACGUACAAUAGACUUUUCCCACGUCGAGCAAAGCAUCGACGACUUUAAGGAACUCGAUAUCGUCUCACUGGGAAAACAAUCAUUUUUAUCGGCGAAGUCGGCAGCGUUAAAUAGACGCGAUAUGGCAAAUUUACCGAUGUUGAUUAACACGCAUGUGAACAUGAGCGGUUAUAGGCGGAGCACCCGCAUACGGUGUGACUUCGCUCAGUAACCCUUUGUCGAUAAGUUCCAUGAGUCCACUUCUGAGCGGGGGAUGCGUAAUCAGGGAACUAGUGAUUUACUUAGUUCCCUCCUUCUUAUUUCUCACAAUUACAUCACUCAAGCUUAUUCCGUAAGGCAAAGUUUCAUUUCUGACGUUAAUACAAGAAUGUGUUCUAAUAUGAUGUUGGCAGUCCAGAAUUUGGCUCCAUUUAAAUAAUAUACCGAAGAUACAUUCUCCAAUGGCGUUGCCUGCUCCUAAUUAGAAAUGCUCCCUCUUUCACUAACGUUCAGGUAUGCCAGGAACAAAAUGUGUCUCAGAACUGGAUUAUUGAAGGCUGCAGUCUCGUCAGCUGCAUGUAUAGAUCCUCAUUUUUGUGUAAGAUCCUGGGAACGGCCAGUAGAGUCGUUGCUUGUCCUUGUCAGGAAGUUCCCUUGCUUCCUGUUAUUUGAACUUUGUACAGCAGUCGCCAAUUUUAUAUAGAAUCGGGGUUCUUUAAAAGCCCGACCAAGUUCAUGUGGACCACGGGCCUACCCGCUAACGCCUGGGUUUAACUCUGGAGCGGUUGCAGCAGCUUGUUCGUGUAUCCACUUCCCCUGAAAUCUAUGUUGGCAGUUUGAUAGUAGUUUGUUUAUCACUAGAAAGUAUAUUAAUUUGCUCUUUAUAAUCUUUCUCUUAAACUCGCAACGAAUGUACGCCAAGCCCAUGGAUCUGUAGUAUUCUAUCGUGAUCUGCUGCGGUUUUUACAAGGCAAGCAUGUAUGCGUCGACCUUCAUUUGAAAAGAAGUGUCCCAGCAACGUGUGGACCUUAGGUAAUAGUUGACACAGAUAUAGAAGGUUUGUCGGCAGUUUAUUUGAAAAGUCGAGGUGGUAGUUCGUCUAAAUCGCCGAUUUCGAGUCCUUCAGUGCUUACGAUUGUCUUCUGGUAGGAUUUUCUGUAAAACGGAUAUUCAUUGUGACUGGACUCAACAGGCCUUUCGUGGUUGAAAGAAAAGGUUCCCUUCGCUUGUGCAAACAGAUUGCAAAAUAUUUUGAACUAACCCUCCUCUCUCAGUAAGUUAAACGCUGUUGCCAAUGUCAGUCAAGAGGAUUAACUCUUUGUUCCCUAUGCUUAUUUGGUGUUAUCCGUUGCAUCGCUUGGGAUGCUGAGUUGCCCCUCUUAGGAAAUAACAUUACAAGUCCUCACACAUUUUUAUGCUCAAGCCUCAAAGUCCGUUUGGCUGAGUCUUAUAUUGGCUAAAAUAUUCGACUUACUUAGUUAAUAGCCUUUUCUCCGUGGUCUAUGUUUUCCGAUACUUUUUUCUAGCUGGCCAUCCAGGUGUCUCGUUUUGCUUUGUAUUUGCCAAUUGGCAGCAACCAUUGAUGCUUUGCAUAAUGACGUGCACCAAAUACAAAUACAACAAAUCAAAAUUUUGGUGGACGUCAUCCGUAAAACUGACACCCCCAUUGGAGAUAGGUCAAACUCCGUUCGGUUGGAGUCGCCUUUCGGUUGGGGUCACUUUGUCAAGCAUUAAGUCCUCUUGAUCUGUUAUGUGCAGAGCUGAAAAGGACGAGCAAUUCCACGUAAGCAUCAUAUGGUCACUUCAGUCAAGUGGAGUUAGACAAAUAUCGUUGCUUUUUGUAAUAACUGAGUACCGGAAGUUAAUCCCUUGCAUUUUACGUAACCUGGACAGAAACGCAACAAAUUAUAAGAGAGGCGUAUCCGGUCAUCCAUGUGGACGACGGUAGACGAGGGUCGAUUUUAUAUCAUAUGUGCUCGCUACUCUUGUGUAAUGCACACGGUACUUCCUUGUGUUCUGUAGUUGCCCAUAAUCACAAAUUAGGUCAAUGGAGAAUUACUAACAACCGCUGUGAUAUGUACUAAUCAGCGACCUUGCCUGUUCAUUGUUGGUCGGUAGAAAACAAGAGCACUUGUAUGCUGUGAACCAGUCACUUUGACGGUUAGCCAACUACCCUCCGUUCUACAGCAAACCCGGUCUGCUCUCUUGACAUGCACAGGACUUUCUUCACACACAGGAUAACUCCGCCCCACUGGCGGUUCUCUCGGUCUCUCGCAAAUAUUUGGUACAAAGUCAAUGCUAUUUCGUUAUGACGGAUUUUCGUGGGCAGUCGGCUUUCGGUUACUAAUAUCUUGAACGCAAAUAAUUUGUUGAGGCCAAAAUUUAGUUGGUUAAGUUUGGCUGGCAGAAGUUCGGUAUUUGUAUACAAGAACCUGAAGUCCGCGUCAUCCGCAAAUAAGGUUGCGUUAAUAGCUAGCAUAGGAUUUACCGCAUCCCCUCGAAAGUCAUUUUUAUUGGCCAGCCUAGUUCCUGUCUCCGUCGCAGCAGACCUUAUAACAAAUAAGGAGUUCGAAUAUGCGAAACUACAUUUCUCUAAAAUAAAAUGGACUCUUCAAUUCUUCCGGAGGUUUGCCUUAUUCUAAGGACUCAUAGAAUAUAAUACCCAGUAGCUCACGUAGUUCGUUGGGAAGUUUCCCAAAUUAUAUUGCAGGUGCUCCGUCUGGACCAGGCGACUUAGCGAUCUCAGUCGGAAUGAUUACGAACUAACUGGUGUCGACGAAGUGUACAGUUCUCCUAUGGAGAAAGCCGACAGGUAGACGAGUUAAACGAGUGGAAAGAAAGCAAAAUGGAUAGAUCCGCGAGUGAACAACGACUACAACGAAUUAGAAGGAAUGGAUGUUUUACCUUGAUCAUCUGCUUUCAGUGUUCCGCCAACACACUUUGGGGUAGAAACUGGACCCUGGCAUCUUGAAGUGUUCCCUAUGAAGCCAAAUUAGUUUUUUGGAUGUUUCAGAAACUUAUUGCGAAACCUAGUAGUCUCGCUUUGAUAGAUGUUACGUUAAUGCUUAUGUCCCCUGUAUUGCUAUGCAGUGCCAGUUGGCCUACAACAACUCAAAAGCAAUUUCUUUUUUAAGAUGACCGUACUUCCAAUUUCAACCGCUUCAGGGGGAGGUGUUUGUGACUGCCUUUGCUCUAGGAGGACACCUGAGGUCCAUAUCCUUCCUUGAUAACGAAAUGAAAGUCCUCCAGUGGUCACUUAUUCGACCAUAAAAUUCAAUUUUCCAUGGCACUUCUGAGUUUUCUUUUGGCGCAGAUGGGUAGUCUUAUUUUAAAAUGCCUGUCUCCACCUAUCAGGUAAAUUUUAUUUAGAAAGCACAGGGAACACGAAAUGCAGCGCAGCAUAAUCGCUGGAAAGGAACUAAGAUCAAGACAGUCUGGCUGUCAUCCUACUCCAGUCCUGGGUUUGAAGGUGAAGUUCUGAAGGAAAAGCCUGUUCGUUAUCCACCAUAUCAACUUGUAGUUAAUUUUGACUGAUAGGCCAUGUGCAGUUUACGGUUGCCAAUCAAUAGCAGGACCACUAAACUUUUUGACAAAAUAAUAACAUCUUUCUUCUCAAUGUUUUUGUACAGAUUUGUUAAAGGAAUGCGACCAUGGUGAGGUGACGGAUUAGGCGAACGGCACGCCACCACUAGUGUUAGCGACCGUGCAUUAUACGUGAGACGUUGAUGUUUAGCAGUUCCACCUCCUUUGCCGGAUGACGUACUUGAGCAAUGACACGUAGUUUGCCAGGGGCAUAAAGUAUGACUCCGUCGGACCUGUGUGAUCUAUCCUCCUGAAGUGCUGAUAUUUCCUGACUGAUAUUUGAGAUUCCCCACUAGUUUUAGAAGGCUAAGUUGUCUGGUUCGACUUCGUCUAUUAAGUUUCUAGGUUUAUCCAGUUUGUUGAACUGACCAUGUACAUCUGCGGAGAUAGCCUGUAAUGAGCGUCUCGUCUGGGAGUUGCAGCCUUCGCUGGGACAGGUUCCCACCGCAGGAUUGACCCCCCGAUCAGUAUUAUUCGACCGCCCUUGCUUUUGCUAAUUUUGCCCCAUAUCCAUCCUCUCCCUCCAAUCCACCCUCAGUAUUCCCAUUUCCAGUGCUUUUCUCUGGUCGUGGUCUGACUGAGAAACGCUUCAUUUUGCGAAUUCUGUAAGGUCAUCCUUUAUUUUAACAGAGGCGCUAGCUGCACUUCAUUUUCCAGGGCGAUUUUAAGGGUCCCGAGAAUUAUUGUAAGUCGUGCCUCUCACCGUUUGCCCUACUUUUAAGAUUUUUGGCAUCUUAAAUUGAAGGAUGUGUCGAAAGCAAUGUUCGGUAUUGUCGCCGCGAAUUUCGGAUUUUUUGCACAUGAAGAUUUUUUUUACCUCUUUCGGAACUUUAGCCUACAGAACGCUGA